CCUCUAUCAAACUCCAGAGUCCUGCUACAGUCUACAGCUGUGUAACGCUCCUUUCUCCUCAUCUCCUCUCUUGACCAGCAGACAGUCAGCCAUCAUGUCGUACAGCUACAGCGUGCACACUGGCCCUGCCAUGAUCACCAGACAGAGCCGCAGCUACACAUCAAGCUCUGCCCCCAAGGCUCACAGCGUGUCAGGAUACAGCCUCAGGGGAGGCCCUCGCAUCUCCUCUACCACCAUGCGCACCGUCUCCUCUGGGUAUGGUGGUGGCUAUGGGUCUGGUGGAUUCGACCUGUCCAACGCCCUGGACCAGUCCAACGUGCACCUGAACGAGAAGGCCACCAUGCAGAACCUGAACGACCGUCUGGCCUCCUACCUGGAGAAGGUUCGCUCUCUGGAGGCUGCCAAUACCAAGCUGGAGAAGCAGAUCAGAGAGUACUACGAGCAGAAGGGCCCUGCAGCAGAGAGGGACUACAGCAACUACUGGGCCAUUAUCAACGACCUUAAGGACAAGAUCGCCGCCGCCACCAUCGGCAAUGCCAACAUCCUCCUCCAGAUUGACAACUCCAAACUGGCUGCUGAUGACUUCAAAAUCAAAUUCGAACAUGAGCUGAUGAUGCGCCAGUCAGUCGAGGCUGACAUCGCCAACCUGCGUCGCCUGCUGGAUCAGACCACUCUGACCAAGGCUGACCUGGAGAUGCAGAUCGAAAGCCUGCAGGAUGAGCUGGCCUACCUCAAGAAGAACCAUGCAGAGGAGCUGGCAGCACUGCGUUCUCAGCUCACUGGCACAGUCAACGUGGAGGUUGAUGCUGCACCCCAGCAGGACCUCAACAAAGUCCUGGAGGAGAUCCGCGCCCAGUACGAAGCCAUCAAUGACAAACAUCGUCGCGACCAGGAGUCUUGGUUUAAUGAGAAGUCGGCAACCUUGUCCAAGGAAGUGGCUAUCAGCACAGAGUCAAUCCAGACAUCCAAGACAGAGAUGAGUGACCUCCGGCGCACACUGCAGGGCCUGGAGAUUGAGCUGCAGUCUCAGCUCAGCAUGAAAGGCGCUCUGGAGAACACGUUGGCAGAUACAGAUGCUCGUUACAGCGCCAUGCUCACCGGUUUCCAGAACACGAUCAACAUGCUUGAAGCAGAUCUAGCGAACGUGCGCUCCAGCAUUGAGCAGCAGGGCCAUGAAUACAGGAUGCUGCUGGACAUCAAGACCAGACUGGAGCAGGAGAUCGCCACCUACAGGAGCCUGCUGGAAACAGAGGAGUCCAGGCCCAUCAGCUCAGGGGGCUCUAAGACCACAGUCACAACCUCCACUGUGAGAACUUCCAGCUAGAAGGUCUAACUGGCAGGACAAGCUGUUCUCAGACUCACACACACACACACACACACUCUGACUAAGAAAAGCUGUUACAUGAGAAAAGUGAAACUGUACUGAAAAUACCUGAGCUAUGCUGAUAAUGAAGUCCGAGUUAAAGUUUAUGAAACAACUCAGAAGAAAUGCUUGACUCUCUGUGAGUGUGUGUUUGUGCGUCCCGUCUGAAAAAUAAAAUCUGCUGGUGAAUACGA